AUGUUUACGGUCGCAACACUCUGUUUGUUAUUUCUGGCUCUGAUUACAUCGUACGGACAUGGUGAAAGAUACACGAGGUUCGACGGAUCAACAUAUGUCACGUAUUCCUACAAAGGAGAGCAGCGAACUCUUCCAAACGACAUCCGUCUCGUGUUCCGAACGAUCAAACCUUCUGGAAUACUUUUACACGCGACCAGCGGCGGAGACGACUUCAUAACCCUUGAGCUCCUGCGUGGAAAAAUCAGGUAUGUAAGCCUGUUAGGUAGUUUCCACUUAUCUAAGUUAACAUCUUGGUCUGUUCUCUCGGUGAAGUGGGAUGUUGAUUAUUUUUUUUAAAGCAAGAGCGACAUUCGUCAAAUGUCUUUGGAAACUGUUCAAUAGGGAGCCUAACCUAAACUUGGCACAGGCGCAUAAGUGUUUUAUUCAACGCGCUUAGGUUAAGAGCGGAGUAAACUUCCAAGGCUACUUAUAAAACAAGGCUAUCCGUUUAUCUUUUUUAUAAGCAGGAGACUUCAUUUUAUGCACGUAAUAAUUAUUGGUAAUAUUUGGUCGAAUUUGUGCAGGCCCACGCUGGGAAAUUGUAAAAAGAAAAUGAAAUUAUUCUGAUAAAAUAGGGAUAAAAUAUUUAGUUGAAAAUUUCAUUACUCCGCCUUAUCAAAGGCGAGCAGUCUUUGGUUGAAAGAGAGGAUUAAGAAACCCUGCAUGGCGUGCAUCAAUCCAUGGCAAAAGAAUAAAAACGCUUGUACAUAAAAUCCAAGUAGUUAAUAAAGACAGACUGAUCAUCCUUUGUUUGUUGGAAGGUUUGAAAUGUAAGCUUGUUUUACAUCAAAUUCAUACAACAUCGGUCGUGAAAUUUUUAUAAAGAAGAGUGGCCCGGAUCGACUGAUAGUGUUUUACGGUUUUGCCGGAAAGAAUUUAUUUUCAUUACUUUUGAUUAGUUCGUCAUGGAAUCGAAUUUCAUUUGAUUUUCUAUAUUUCCGUUUACUUUAUUUACGUCAGUUUGUAAGCUGUAAAAUCAAAAAACGUCUCACUGGUAAGUCUCGGUAAUUUGUUUUUUGUGGCUUCUGUGUCAGGGAUCCCUGCUGUGAGUUAUUCACGUUUAUCCAGAUUUUUUACGUCGAUCCGUUACUUUUUCUAUGUACUCUUUUCUAAACCUAUAAACCCCUCAUGUAAGUAGCUACAAACUAUUACAGUCGUCAUUUCAACAUUAUGACAGAAACUGUUUCACCAGGAGGGUAAUUACAAAGAGAGAUGAAUUGUGUGUACUCGAAGAAAGCCACUCUGGCUGCACCUGCAAUAACUUAGGUAUACGCAGACGCAGUUCAGUUAGUACAUCAUAAAAUAUUUAUGUCGACUGUCCUGUUUUCUUAAUGUAAGUCACAAGACAAUGCUACAAUCAAAGAUAACUAUUUUAUAAAGUCUGUUUUUAAAAGCAGUGAGUGCUAAUCGCAGCUCGUAACACUUAAUUUAUAACAAAUCAUCGCGAACUGAGAGUUAAAUCGGCGCCACCGUUGACAAAAUCCUUGGGUAUUCUUUUACUCUAAGGUCGACCAGUAUGCUCUGUACUAAUGCAUGUUUUAAAUUGAAAACAAACCGAAUUUCGAGUGUCACCUCCCGUUACUGAAAGUUUUUCUUCUUUCCGUGGAAUGAAGUCUACAAUGAAUUGUGUCUUUGAGGGAAAUUUUGCUCAAUGGAAUUAUGUUGUUUAGUGUUAUCUGAUGGAUAUUUUGGCCUCCAAAGCAGUUUUCAAGCUGUAUACAGAGGAAUUACGCAGGAUUUUCCUAACUUUGCAUAAGUUAUCAGUUCAAUCAAGUAGAUUUGUAAGAUUCUAGAAACCUCUAGAGUUCAUAGAGAGACGUGUUGUCUUUAAACUUUCAGUUAAUCAUAUUAAAUUUUAUUGAGACAUACAAAUAUAUUAUUCAUGUUCAAAACAUUAAACGCAGUGCCACCUAGUUUUUCUGACCUAACCUAAAAAUUUCUGUUACAUCGGUAGCGAUCUCAAACAAUAAUCCAGGUGAACAUUUUUUGAAAAAGACUGCCUAUACUCGAUCAAAAUUUGAUUCAAUUUUUUAUAUAACAUUCUCGAAAACUGGGUACGAUAUGAAUGCAUCAAUUUCCUAAGUUGUUUCAGAAUUUUCAAGAUUCGCUUUUAUUGGUGGAAUUAUAUAAGAAUUUGUACCUCCCUAACAUGACGAUAAAAAUGAUAUUUUUGGUCUUAUGUGCAUCUCUGGUCUAAUGAUAUCACUGUUCAGAUCUAAUUUAAUAGGAUAUGGAUCUACAGGCACUAGAACAAAUUUGCAAUCAACAAUACCGGUAUUUUCACCACGCUUUUAACAGGUGGUGGCUCCAAAAAUCGCCUUAGCGAUUCUUACUAAUAUUAAUAAUGGUGUGUUUUGUUUAUUUUUGAGGUCAAAAUCUUAUGGAUUCUUCUGAGAAAACUGAGAUGAUGACGAUGUGAUUGAUGAUAGUUAUUUUGAUUCGUAAAUAAUUUUGUCUCAGUUGAUUCAAUUGUCCUUUUCCCACUUGAUAGGUAUUCGAUGUCUGACGGGAGUAUGCAGAAUAUGACUACUGGAAUAGUUUCUAGUAAGUAUUUUGAAAAAGUCGUUGAUAUGGCGAAUAACGAAUGGCAUCAAGUGGAUUGGACGAAACAGACAACUAAUUCGUGGAUCCUUUACGUUGACGCCUCAAAAGAAGAGAUCAAAGUCCCUGGAUUUCACUCCAGGACUUUUGCAGAUCAGACGAUUUACCUGGGCGGUGUUGACGUUGAUAGGAUAAAGUCAAGGCACCUACUUUUAAGCGACCGUGAUUUUGUUCCCUUUGAGGGUUGUCUCCAAGACGAACAUGUGACUGUAGACGACCUAAUGCUGCAUAAUUUCACGAGAGUAGGAAACGGAACUUUGCCAGACUGCAAUGAUACAACGGAGGAGUAUGACCCAGUUACUUUUAAAAAACCUGAGUCCUUCAUGAAGAUCGAUGUUCCCAGUGUAGACGCUGUCAAGUACAGUGUAAAGUUCCGCACUCAUGAUGGCGAAGGGAUUUUAUUAUUUGAGAGGAUAACGAAAGCAAAUGGUGCUAAGAUUAACGUCUCUCUAACUGGUGGUAGCAUUAAGCUACGUGUGACAUUUGCAAAGAAAGAAUCUCCCGUCAUUCUUCAUGGUGGUGCUAAUCUUGACGACGGAAUGUGGCAUUCUGUUUCUGUUGAUAUCAGCAUACGACGAGUAAGUCUGCAGGUUGACUCUGACUUCGCGUCUUCCCGAAGCGGGAGUUCGCAAGGAACAUUUUUAAGCAGCUCCGAAGUCUUUGUCGGAGCAGAUAAUCAAGGCAAGUUCGGCUUUGUAGGAUGUAUGCGCGAUUUCAUGGUGCAAGGACAGAAACUCAACUGGACAGAUGAAUACAAAUCCCAGAUAGGGGAGAAAGACAUGAAAAAGUGUUCUUUGUUAGACCUGUGUAUACCUAAUCCAUGUCGGAAUGGUGGAAGAUGCUCCCAGGCCAGGAACAAAACAAUUUGUCAUUGCGCGGCUACUGACUUUAAGGGUCCAAAAUGCGAGACACCUUCCUUCUUCAUGCAGACAUGCGCUGAUUGGUGGAAAGCUGGGAAGAGAAGUAAUGGAUACUAUAGGAUAAAUCCUCGUCAUUUAAAACCUUUUUCCGUUUAUUGUAAUAUGACGAACAUAGAAGGGCCUUCAACUGUAAUUUUUCACACUCAAGACAGAGUUCGUGUUAAAGCUGCUCAAUAUAAAACUGGCGGAAAAUACCGUCACGUCAUCAAAUACGCAACUACUAACAUUAGGAACAUAAAUUAUCUUAUAACAAGUAGCACUCAUUGCAGACAAUACCUAGCAUACCAUUGCUACAACUCAGUCCUUUUUGACUCGCCUAAAAAGUUUAAUCUCCAGUCUGGUCGUGGGGCAAGAUGGGUGUCACGUGACGGAAAAUUACAAGAUUACUGGUCGGGUGCCGCGCACGGGAGUAUGAAGUGCGCGUGCGGUAUGAAUCAAACUUGUGUAGAACGUUCUAAAGCCUGUAACUGCGAUACUCUUGACAAUAAAUGGCACGACGAUGGCGGGUAUUUGACAAAUGUAACGAGCCUUCCCGUCAAAUCCUUAAUAUUUAGUGUUGAUGGAACCAACGUGAAAUCUCGGUACGUACUUGGUAGUCUUGAAUGUUACGGGUCGACAACCAAGAGGACAACAACUACUAUCGUUCCUGUUAGUGACACUCUAGGUACACCACAACCAUCCACUAAAAGUCUAACAAAGUCUCCAAGCACCAUUUCUUCCACCGCCUACAAGCCUCUCCUUUCAAAAGAAGAUGGAAUAAGCACCUCGAGAGCACCGUUAGGAGAAGAAGUGUUUUCCUCCACAGCAUCCACCAGCGCCUUAGAAGUGAACAGUCCUGCCACUCCCGAACCAACUAAUGACAAAGUUGACAUUGUGGUUAUCGAAACUCCAAAAAAGUAUAUAACAAUCCGAGAAAACGCCAAUCAGGAACUCGUGCUAAUUAUUCUGAGUGUUAUACUUGCCAUUUUUGUGAUUGCUAUUGUUGUGCUUCUCGUCAAACAAAAUUUAUUUUUACCUUGCAAGUGCAAGUGCUUAAAAGCACCUCUGUACCACGAUGUGCGCCAUAUGGAUGUUAUAGAGCUUGGCCCACCAAGUCCUACCUACGCUGAGACAGAACCGGAGCCGAUUCAACAGUUUGAGACAAGUCCCUAUCAAACGAGAAAUUAUGAUAUUGGAUCAUCUCAUGACUGUCAUGAAAUGUCAUCUCCAGAACUGUACAGUGAUGCUGAGACUGACAGACUUGACAUCAGCAACGGAAGCUGUUCGGGGAUUUCGGAAAAUGCCGAUGUUGAAAAAGAUAAGCCCGAGAAAAACAUUGAAUACGAAGAUAUCGACCUCGGGGUCAUUGACUUUGUUCCAAGCCUUACCUCCAGAAAGCAGCUUAGCACAGAAGAGAAAUUCAAAAAGCUUACGGAGGUCAUUUUAGACGUUCUGUCUGCGUCAGACGUCAGAGCUAAUCAUAGCGACAGAAAGGAAAAUCCCUUAAGCCCUAUUAAGCCAAAAGACGUAGACCUUCGUGAAUCAAGUUUUGAGUUUUCUCAAUCGCAUCUGCCCGCAAAUGAACAGUUGCUGGAUUCGGACAAUGAUUCUACUGCUACAGUUUCAGAGUUAAGCUCAGAUCAAGAACUCUUUAAUGGAGAUCAGUGUGCAGAAAACUAUCCAUGCGAUAAGGGAACUCCUUGCAGUCGUGAUGAGUGCAAUGAAUCUUCUAAGGAACACACUAUCGAGAUUUAUAAGCCAUCACGAGAAAGAGGAAUAAGCCGAAACAACUGGAUAUCGUCCGAUCCACAUGACAAUUAUCUAUCUUUGGACGUAGACAACCUUGAGGACGAUACUCUCGAGGCGCAGCCUUUAAGUUCAGCUUUGAGUGGCUACGAUUACAAAGAAGAGAUUCCCACUGAAAUAGAUAUUAUGUCUCCUUGCGCGGGGAAUGAAAAUUAUCGUCCUGCCUCUUGCGACGGAGGAGGAAAUGAAGUGAUAUUUCAUAGGGAUGAUAAACGAAAGCACAGUUCGCCGCGUUCGCGCUUAUUUUCCCGCCAAAAAAGUGAAGAGGAAGCGCUACUUCCCUCAAAGCAAGCAAAUGAAACGCAGGAGAUAGUAAGCGAUCGCUUCCGCGAAAACAUUCAAAGGCACCAUAGCGGCUUUUCAAAUAGCUUUUACCGGCAACCACAUCAGCAGCAGAACGCAUCAGCUUGCAAAAAGCAGCCUGAAAACGGCCAAACCAAAGAGCGCAGAAUAAAUUCGUCGAAGCAAGUGCAUGCACAAAAAUAUGAGACCGAACUAUAG